CGUUCGUCGGGUCGUCUCCUCUCCAAAACGCAACGCACCAAACAACAUCCCAGCUCUGGCCUCCUCGCCCCUGCCGCGGCAUUUGCUUCCACUCGAAUCCGACGUAGAGGAUGGACUCGGAUGCCUCCGAGCUCUUCAGCGAUUGCGGCAGCGAUGACCGCGACUCCUCCACUUCCGAGCCGUGCAGCAGCGACGACCUCUCCUUCACGCCCGCCGCUGCCGCGGGCAUCCACCGCCUGCUGCUCUCCUGCGCGGCCGAGGCGUCCGACGGCCCGAUCUCCUCGCUCGUGGCGGAGCUCGAGUCGCCGAAGGCGUCGGUGGGCUCGCUCCGCCGCGCGGCCAUGGAGCUCCGGCUGCUUGCCAAGCACAACCCGGACGGCCGGAUUCGCAUCGGGGCGUCCGGGGCGGUGCGGCCGCUCGUCUCGCUGCUGUCGCAUGCCGACCCGCUGGUGCAGGAGCACGGGGUCACCGCGCUGCUCAACCUGUCCAUCUGCGACGAGAACAAAGCCAUCAUGGUCGAGGCCGGCGCGAUACGGCCGCUCGUGCGCGCGCUCAAGUCGGCCGCGUCGCCCGCGGCCAGGGAGAACGCCGCGUGCGCGCUGCUCCGCCUCUCCCAGCUCGACAGCACCGCCGCCGCCGCCGUCGGCCACGCGGGCGCUAUCCCGCUGCUGGUAUCCCUCCUCGAGACCGGCGGGGCGCGCGGGAAGAAGGACGCGGCCACGGCCCUUUACACGCUCUGCAGCGGCGCGCGCGAGAAUCGCCUGCGCGCCGUCGAGGCCGGCGCCGUGCGACCCUUGCUUGACCUCAUGUCGGACCCGGAGUCCGGCAUGGUGGACAAGGCCGCCUACCUUCUCCACUCCCUGGUGGGUUCUGCCGAGGGCCGCUCCGCCACCGUGAAGGAGGGCGGCAUCUCCGUCCUGGUGGAGAUGGUGGAGGUCGGGACCUCGCGGCAAAAGGAGAUCGCUAUCCUCUCCCUCCUCCAGAUCUGCGAUGACAACGCAGUGUACCGCACCAUGGUUGCCCGCGAGGGCGCCAUCCCUCCCCUCGUCGCCCUCUCCCAGCCCAACGCAAGCCCCAAGCUCAAAACUAAGGCAAACCAGCUUUUGUUCCUUCUGCGCGAUUUAAAUAAGCAGAAAAUAAGUACACAUAUGGGCGUUAUGACUGAUGCUGCUAAUGAGGUUCUCAGCUCCAAGAUGCUAGCAGAUAAAGAAAAUACAAAGCAAGCCAACUCCGAGGCGGAGAUGAGCUCUUCGCUGGCUGUCACGAGCGCCAUGGAUGCUCCGAUGACUUCUUCGCUGGCCGCCCCGAGCGCCAUGGAUGCUCCGAUGAGUUCCUCGCUGGCCGCCCCGAGCGCCAUGGAUGCUCCGAUGAGUUCUUCCCUUGGUGCCAUGGGGCCCCUUCUCAGGAAGCUCGACUCGAUGCUGCCUCCGGAUUACCGGCUGCCAAAGGCACUCAAGGGCAAAAUCGAGCUCCUCAAGGCAGAUCUGGAAGAGAUAAGCGUCGCCCUUGUGGAGCAGUCAACGGCAGAUUCCCCCAACGAGAUGGCAAAAUACUGGAUGAAUGAGGUGCGUGAACUCUGCUAUGACAUAGAGGAUUUCAUCGACAGCAUCAUGUCGACGCACACCGAUGCCAAGAUGAGAUCGGCGCAGAGCUACAAGGUUGGCCGUGUCAAGAUUGCUUGGCUUCCCAAGCGCAAGCCGUGCACAAGGGCCGCCAAGAUCACAGAUCUCAGGGCCCUGGUGCGGGAGGCGAUCGAACGACAUGAAAGGUAUCUUGAUGGUUGCACCUCGAGCUCUAGAUGUGUGUUCACUGGGCACGGCCGGAUUCCAGCAAUGUAUGCAGAGGCUGCACACUGCCUUGUUGGUGUGGACGACGCCAAGACGAAGCUUGUCAAGUGGCUCAUCGAUGAGGAGGAGCAGCAGCUGAAAGUGGUGGCCAUAGUUGGACCUGCAGGGAUCGGCAAGACCGCGCUUGCAAAACAGGUGUACCAUGAACUCGGGGAGCAAUUCGAGUGCCGAGCUUUCGUCCGGGCAUCCCGGAAGCCUGACAUGAGGAGAUUACUUGGGGGCAUUCUCUCUCAAGUUCAGGGACAUCGACGCCCCUCUGAUUCCUGCACGGUGCAAAACCUCAUUGACGAUCUCACCAAACAUCUCCAAAACAAGAGAUAUGUUGUUGUAAUUGAUGAUUUGUGGGAAACGACAGCAUGGGAUAUUGUUACCAGUGCUUUCCCUGAAGGUACUAAUUGCAGUAGAAUAAUAACAACGACAGAAAGUGAGGGUGUAGCUCAGGAAUGCUGUGAUGAUCAGUCUAAUAAUAUUUUGAAGAUGAAACCCCUUGGCAGGGAAGACUCUGGGAAACUGUUAUACAGCCUGGUUUUUGGACCUGAAUGCAUAUUCCCUGAACAAUUAAACUUUAUUUCUGAGCCAAUCAUAACCAAAUGUGCUGGUUUGCCACUAGCAACCAUUUUUGUAGCCGGUCUUUUAACAAGCGAGCCUGACAACGCUGAGCUAUGGCAGUAUGUGCAACAAUGUUUAUAUUCGAAUUUGAGUACAAAUUCUACUUUGGAAGAGACAGUGCAGGAAAUAUUAAAGCUUAGUUUCAACAGUCUUCCUCGCCAUUUGAAGACAUGUUUGAUGUACGCUAGGGUGUAUCCAGAGGGCUACACAAUGUGGAAGAUUGAUUUGAUUAAGCAAUGGAUGGCAGAAGGUUUCAUCGGUGUAACAGAAGGAACAGACACAUGGGAGGUUGCAUAUAGCUAUUUUGGAGAACUUGUCAACAGGGGAAUGAUCCAACCCGUGGAUAUUAACUACAAUGGUGAGGUGCUGUCCUGCACACUGCACCACGUUGUACUCGAUCUUAUUACACUUGAGUCUACUGAAGAAAGAUUUAUCACUGCAUUAGAUUACUCUCAGAACAUCAGAGGACAUUAUAGCAACUUUCGUCGGCUGUCGUUCCACUUCAGCAAUACCAGAUAUGCAACGAAGCCAACUGGUCUAUCACUGUCAAAAGUUCGAUCAAUUGGCUUUUUCGGAAUCCUUGAGUGUGUGCCUUCAAUUGUGGAGUUUAAGCUUCUCCGAGUCCUAAUAUUUGAAUUUUGGGGUGAUCAACGGGGGAGCACCAGUUUCAAUCUCGCAAGAAUCUGCAGUUUGUUUCAGCUGAGAUAUUUGAAAAUUUUAUGUGAUGCCAGUGUGGAAGUAGAGCUACCAACCCAGAUGCGAAUGCUACGGUACUUGGAAACACUGAUAAUUGAUGCAGCAGUGUCUGCAGUUCCGUUGGAUAUUAUUCAUCUGCCGGGUUUGUUGUAUCUUUCUCUUGGAGAUAAGACAGAUCUACCUGAUGAGAUUGGCCGCAUCAGUUCUCUGCGUACAUUACACUAUUUUGACAUUGGCAGUAACUCCGAGGACAAUGUAUUGAGCCUUGGUGACCUAGUGAACCUGCAGGAUCUUCACCUCACUUAUUAUACUGAGGACUCAGAUGAGCAUUGUACAGCGGAGUCCAAUGAGCGUAUGAAGAGAAACCUGGCAGCUCUGGCCUCUUCUCUUGGGAAACUGGCUAACCUCAAAUAUGUCACUCUGGCUCCUGGUGUUUCAGGCAUGGCAAUUUACCAUGAUGUAUGGAGCAGCAUGUCCUCUCCACCCAUAUUUCUUCAGAGACUUGAGUUGUCGCCCCCCAUUUGCAUCUUCUCCAGGCUUCCAGAGUGGAUUGGUCAACUUCGGAAACUUUGCAUUCUGAAAAUUGUUGUUGGUGAGAUGCUGAUGAAAGAUAUGGAUAUACUGACAGAAUUGCCAGCCCUGACAGUUCUCUCACUGCAUGUCCGGCAACCCACGGCAGAAAGGGUGAUCUUCAAAAGAGGGACAUUCCCAGCUCUCAAGUACUUUAAUUACACAUGUGGCGCAAUAUGCCUGGCCUUCCAGGAAGGAGCAUUGCCCAAUCUUAAGAGGCUCGAGCUAAGUUUCAAUGCUCACAGAGGAGAAGAUUAUGAUCAUUUUCUUGCUGGCAUCGAGUACCUAUUAAACCUCAAGGAGAUUGCUGGAACAAUUGGGGCUGCCCCUGGAGCCGAAGAACCUGACAGGAGGGCUGCAGAGUCUGCAUUUAAGGAUGCCAUUCGCAAUCAUCCAAGGUUUCCUAGUUAUGACUAUGUAAAAAGAGCAGAUUGGAUAGAGGAAGAGUAUGAUCCUCAAGAGGAACAGCAUUCGAUACGAUAUAAAGACCCGUUAAAUGAACAUGGAGGUCGGAAGAAAAGGAUCUUCGAAUAUAUAAAGCAAAAUCCCGAUAUGGACUUGAAUGAUUACGUGAUGUUCUGUCGAAGUCAACAUUCAGCGCAGGUCUUAGACGCGCAGAGUUCAUGCUGGGUGGUCACCGAUUUCAGCACUCUGGCAAGCGACUGUGGCAUCGUGACCAGCGACUCCAGCAGCGUGGACAGUGCGGAAUCUGAGUCCGGGGGUGCUGCUGGAGCGAGUGCCUAUAUAGUGGAAUGUGCGGCAUUCUGGGGGCUCACGUCAAUUUCUAGCCGUUCGCCGGAGAAUUGGGACGCGGCUAUCGCCGUACCACGAUUUUUUAGCUUGCCGCUCUUCCUCACGGGAAACGCGAUGGUUGAUGGGCCUUAUCCCAUGUGGUUUCGCCUUCGUGCACACUUCUUCGGUGUAUACGAUGGCCACGGUGGCGUGCAGGUUGCAAAUUACUGCCGGGAUCGGCUCCAUGCAGUGCUGGUGGAGGAGCUCGGUAGGACAGAGAGGCCCUUGUCUGGUGUUAGCUGGGGAACUGUGGAGUUCAAGAAGCAGUGGGAAAAGGCGUUUGUGGAUGUCUUCUGUAUGGUGGAUGACGAGGUCGGGGGCAAGGUGAUCAGAGGAGGAGGGCAAGGUGUCGGCACGAGAGGCCUAGCUAAGGCAGCCGAGGUAGAACCUCUGGCACCUGAGACCAUGGGUUCGACAGCGGUUGUCGCUGUCGUCUGGUUCUCACAUAUCAUUAUUGCCAAUUGUGGAGAUUCACGGGCAGUGCUCUGCCGUGGCAAGCAGGCCAUGCCAUUGACAGUGGAUCACAAACCUAACAGGAAGGAUGAGUAUGCAAGAAUUGAGGCGGCGGGUGGCAAGAUCAUACAGUGGGAUGGCUAUCGAGUUUUUGGUGUCCUUAGCAUGUCGCGAUCAAUUGGUGACUGGUAUCUGAAGCCAUGGAUAAUUCCAGUCCCAGAGGUCACAGUUGUUCCUCGACAGAAGGAGGACGAGUUCCUUAUUCUUGCCAGCGAUGGCCUCUGGAACGUACUGUCAAAUCAAGAGGUGUGUGAUGUUGCUCGCAAAAGAAUACUUCUAUGGCAUAAAAAGAACAUCAUAGAUUCAUCAUCGGCGGAACGAAGCGGUGACUCAUCAGAUCCAGCCGCUCAAGAGGCUGCUGAAUACUUGUCGAAGCUUGCUCUCCAGAAGGGGAGCAAGGAUGACAUCACAGUUAUUGUGGUCGACCUCAAGGCAAAGAGGAAGUUCAAGAAUAAACUUGGAACACCUAUUUGAUGGACGACCACCAGAAAAAAAUGCUUGAAAAUGAUAGAUUUUGACAACCCAAAAUGGACCACUUUUAGGCCACCGCCUUAGCCGUUAGAACGUUACCACUUAAGCCCUGUUUGGUUCGGCUGUGGAUUUCUAAAAGCAGCUGUGAAAAAACAGCUGUGAAAAAUCUGAUGUGAAAAAGAUGUAGGUCAUUUGGCAAACCAGCUGAUACAACUUUUUUAGAUUUUGGCC